AUGAUGAUUCGUGCUUUGGAACGGUCUCUGCAGCAUUUACUGGAGCAUGUUAAGCUUGGUGAGAUGUAUGCAAAGAAUGCAGAUAUACUUGAGUCCGAUACACCAGCGGGCGAGGAGGUUCGUGCUCUGAUAAAGCAGUUCAUUGAUGACUCUGAACCUGACACGAUAGAUCUGGAGAUUGAGCUUGACCUGCGGUAUUACGAGUACUUUCCCCUGGUGUAUCAUGAUGGCUCAGACGAACAUGAAUGGGAUGUAAAGCGGUAUAUCCCCAGACCCGGAUGUCGAGCACCGCAUGUUUUCUUGAAAGAUGGAGUGACUAGUACAUACGACCUCUUCGGUUCGGGGCCGGAAUGA